AUGUGUCAAGGUCCUAUUGAUUCAUGUUCAUCAAGAUAUUGGGAUGUAUAUCUCAAUAUAACAGAUAUGAAUCCAUCGAAUAUUCGAGUUGGUAGUCAUGAAAAUUUUCUUCUGUCCAAUAAAGAAACAAUUCAAUUUCUUACUAAUGAAAUUAAUCGUUUUAAUUUAGAAUUAUUAUUAUCACCAAAUGAUUGUUGUCAAAACUAUGCUGAUAUUGUUAUAUAUGAUCAAAAUGGAAAUAAAGUUAAUUGUAUGGACUUCCAAGAAAUUGGUUUUUCUAAAUUGAUUGAUUAA